UAGGAACUCCUUGGCGGCUUGCGUGGCGGAGGGAUAUAUUUCACCCAGAGCAGACAGAACGAACAGCAUCGCUGCGCCCCAUAGACCGCUUCCGCCUGGACCAGACUCUCACUCCGCUCUACUAACAUGGCUGAUCAACUAACAGAGGAACAAAUCGCAGAGUUUAAGGAGGCGUUCUCGCUGUUCGAUAAGGACGGAGACGGCACCAUCACCACUAAAGAGCUGGGCACAGUGAUGCGCUCUCUGGGGCAAAACCCCACGGAGGCGGAGCUACAGGACAUGAUCAACGAAGUCGACGCUGACGGUAACGGAACAAUCGACUUCCCCGAGUUCUUGACCAUGAUGGCCAGAAAGAUGAAGGACACGGACAGCGAGGAGGAGAUCCGUGAGGCUUUCCGGGUCUUCGAUAAGGACGGAAACGGCUACAUCAGCGCCGCAGAACUGCGUCACGUCAUGACGAACCUCGGCGAGAAGCUCACAGAUGAGGAAGUGGAUGAGAUGAUCAGAGAAGCUGACAUUGAUGGAGACGGUCAGGUCAACUACGAAGAGUUUGUACAGAUGAUGACUGCAAAGUGAAUCUUCCCGCCGUCUUAGAAGAAAAGAAAUGUUUUAUUUACCUCUUCUGGAAAAAAAAAAAAAAAAGAUCUACAGUUAUUGAGAAUUGUUUCUGUACAGAAGGAUCGAAUGUUGAAAUGAAACUUCCGUCAACACCAAUCUAAAAUCUGAACCUCUGCAUGAAGCCUCGCGCUCUGACUCCACCUGCAGCUUUACUACCUACACACACACACACACACACACACACACACACACACACACACACACACACAUAUAUAUAUAUAUAUAUAUAUAUAUAUAUAUA